AUGAACUUCAUUAAAAAACAAAAACUAAUAGUCUUACCAUGUCACUCAAUUUGGACACCCGGUCCUACUCUAGGAGAGCUGAGAGAUGAAUGGGCUUUAGCAUCUUUUCAGCUUGAUGGAAACGAUCAUUUAUGUUUCAAAGAGCAUGUUAUUAAAAGUAUACUGGAGUUGAAGCAUGAUAAUCAAGCAGUAUUGAUAAUUUCAGGUGGUCAAACAAAAGAGGAUUCUGGUCCAAUUCUGGAAUCUCUUUCAUAUUUUCAACUUGGAUCCGCAUUGGCACCCCAGGACUGGGAAUUUUAUUCUGACAGUAUAUUUCUUGAGGAGUACGCAAGAGAUUCGUUUGAAAAUGUGCUAUUUCUGAUCUGCAGAUUCUAUGAAAUAUUUCAGUAUUAUCCCAGCGAAAUUACUGUUGUGGGGUUUGAAUUCAAGCGCCAAAGGUUCAUUGAACAACACCUUCACCAAGCUCUCAAGUUCCCUCGUCAUAGAAUUCAUUACGUUGGCAACAAUCCGAAUCCAUCUUAUAACAAUAAAGAGGAUCGAUAUCGUUAUUUUAAGGACCUUGACGUAAGUGAGGCUCGCCAUGCUCGUGAGCUAUUCGAAAAGGACUGGUACGGCUGUCAUGACCCACUCUUAACUAAAAAGACAUCACGAAACCCUUUCCGAAGAUCUCAUGGCUACUCAAUUAGUAAUCCUUCGAUUAGCUCAUUCUUGACAGCAAUUGCUAGCAAUAACGAAUUGGAUAGCGAAGAAAUUAGGAGGGCUUAUGACCUUCCCUGGGCCAUAGAGAAUUAG